AUGGAAUCAAUCACCAAAAACUUCAGUAAUGCACAGCUGGGUGACAAUAACUCAAAUGAUCCGACUGCAGAAACUCAAGGCAACACUUCUACCGAUGAUGACAAAGAAUUGCCAGCGUCUGAAAAAUCAUUAUUGCAGAAAAUUGUACGUACUGGUCUUAUAACAUCUAAACAUGACAUUGAGGUGCAAAGACGGGACCCAAAAUCACCAUUAUUUUCAAUCAAAUCAUUUGAGUUACUUAAACUUCAUCCAAAUUUGCUUAAAGGAGUUUAUGAAAUGGGUUACAAUGCACCGUCAAAGAUACAAGAAACUGCAUUGCCUUUACUCUUGGCCAAUCCGCCUCAAAAUUUGAUUGCUCAGUCACAGUCAGGUACUGGAAAAACAGCAGCAUUUGUUUUGGCUAUGUUAAGUAGAGUUGAUCCUGAUUUGCAUUAUCCGCAGGUAAUUUGUUUGUCUCCCACGUAUGAAUUGGCUAUUCAAACGGGAGAAGUGGCAGCAAAAAUGUCUUCCUACUGUCCAAACAUUAGGCUAAGGUAUGCUGUCCGUGGUGAAGAUGUUGAAAAAGGUUCCAAAAUAGAGGAACAAAUAAUUGUGGGUACACCUGGAAAAGUUUUGGAUUGGGCAACAAAGUACAAAUUUUUUAACCCAAAACUUAUUAAAGUAUUUGUGUUGGACGAAGCUGAUAUUAUGGUUGACACCCAAGGUCAUCAAGAUCAAAGUUUCCGCAUAAGAAAGUUACUACUAGAAACAUGCCAAAUGAUGUUUUUUUCGGCAACAUAUACAGAAGAUGUUAUGAGGUUUGCUAAUGCUAUUGCACCUAUGUCUGUCAUCAUAAGAUUAAAACGCGAGGAAGAGACAUUAGAUAAUAUCAGACAAUACUAUGUCAACUGCAACAAUAAAGAAGAUAAAUACAAUGCAUUAGUUAAUAUUUAUGGAGGAGUGACUAUUGGACAAGCUAUGAUCUUUUGUCAGGUAAUUAAAGCAAAAUAUUAA